CCAUUAAGGUGUCAUUUGCCCGUCAUUGUAGAGCAUGUCUUUAGUCUUUUUGGCAAAACAUUCCUGCUUCUGCUGUUUUUGGUUUGCGCAAAUUACGCAAUGGAUGAGUCUCAGUCGUGGAUAGCAAGCUGGCUUCUCCGUUUUCCCAUGUGAAGCCCUGAGCCUUGGAGAGCUGAACGAGUCUGGGUCGUAUACCUGUAGCCUUAAGUUGAAAGAACAGCAGCGCGUUUUAAGAAUGGGAAGAGCAUUCCCCUUUAAACAAGGUGGGCUGAGCUUAUUUGCAGUUCUCGCUCCUAUGGCAACCCAGUGGAUCAGCAUCAUGAAUAUUCCAAAAACGCAGCCCGACCAUGGAUCAGUGAUGUCAGCGCUGUCAGGGAAGCUCUACUGUAUUUUUGCGUGAUUGUGUCGCGUUGUUUGGUGGCAGCUGGCAAGACGUGUCAUCACAAAAGGGCAUCCUUCGUCUUGCUUGACCUUUCCCUCACCUCCGUAUCACCGUCCGUGGGCGCAUCCCUCACAUGUCACACUAAGGUGACUUUGAAGCAGUUUUUUCCACUUUUGCGCACGAUGUCAAAACGGCACAAAGAUGAACAUCGGGGACGCAGCAGCCAAGCGGACCGUCCAGACUGUGUGUGAGGACACACGCACACUGUCAGGUAGUGUUAUGAACACGAGUGGCGUCUCUUAUCUUCAGUGCCGCCACAGCCGUCCGUGUGAUGUGUAGCAGGCUUUCAGGGAUUCAGAUUUGCUCCAGACUGGUCGCUUGUACAAACAGAUGUGGGGAGCGUGGGGCACGCUGGUGGCAAUAAUCGUUUCAAUUCAGCCUGAGAAUCUGGAUUUCUUUAAUUGUCUCCACUGUCUCUCAAUGUCAUAAUGGACAGGUUGCACUCCUCGAUGCGUAAAAGGCUCUACAGUUUGCCACAGCACAUUGGGCACAAAGCAUCCAUAAUGGGCGAAGGAGAAGACGCAGACAAGGACACCCGGAGGAAGAGCAUCAGGAUGAAACCUCUGCCGUCGCCGACCUCAGAGGGAAGCUGCAAAGGCAUUGGGGAGACCAAAAGUGGGGAGUCUGUGAUAAUGGAGACGGACAUAGGCAGACCAAUGAAGACCAGCUCAAACGGAGACUGUCGGAGGUUUCGAGGCAGCCUAUCGUCCAUCACAAGCCGUCAUGUGCACGACUCUCAGUCGGCGGAGGAGACGCGCCUCAUCACUGAGGGAGAUGUCACCCCAAGCGAGGAGAGCCCCCCCGGAGCUAUCGGUGACGGGCCGCCGGAUCCAGGCGCGCAAGGAGCGAGUUGUGGCGGUGGCACCCUAAACGAAUCCCAGGGCCAGCAGUCAGGGUUUUUAAAGUUAGGAGGCAUCGAUCAAAUUCUGCCUGACGACGAGAGAUUAUAUCAAGCAGGGUUCAUGCACCGACAGUUUGGGGCAAUGCUCCAACCAGGGGUCAACAAGUUUUCCCUGAGGAUGUUUGGAAGUGAGAAGGCGGUGGAAAGGGAACAGGAGCGGGUUAAAUCCGCCGGAUUCUGGAUAAUUCAUCCUUACAGUGAUUUCAGGUUUUAUUGGGACUUGACCAUGCUGCUGCUGAUGGUGGGCAACCUCAUCAUCAUCCCUGUGGGCAUAACGUUCUUCAAGGAUGAGAACACGCCCCCCUGGAUCGUGUUCAACGUGGUGUCUGACACUUUCUUCCUCAUGGACCUAGUCCUUAACUUCAGGACAGGUAUCGUCAAGGAGGACAAUACAGAGAUCAUUCUGGAUCCCCAGCAGAUCAAGAUUAAGUACUUGCGCAGCUGGUUUGUCGUGGACUUCAUCUCCUCCAUCCCCGUGGACUACAUCUUCCUCAUUGUGGAGACCCGCAUCGACUCAGAUUUCUACAAGACGGCGCGCGCCUUGCGGAUUGUCCGCUUCACUAAAAUCCUCAGCCUGCUGCGACUGCUCCGGCUCUCGAGACUCAUUCGCUACAUCCAUCAGUGGGAAGAGAUCUUCCACAUGACCUAUGACCUUGCCAGUGCCAUGGUGAGGAUAGUCAACCUGAUCGGUAUGAUGCUGCUUCUGUGUCACUGGGAUGGCUGCCUGCAGUUCCUGGUGCCCAUGCUGCAGGACUUUCCCGCCGACUGCUGGGUGUCCAAAAAUAAGAUGGUGAAUGACACAUGGGGACAGCAGUACUCCUACGCACUUUUCAAAGCUAUGAGCCACAUGCUGUGUAUUGGAUAUGGCAUGUACCCACCGGUGGGCAUGACGGAUGUUUGGUUGACCAUCCUCAGCAUGAUUGUGGGUGCUACUUGCUACGCCAUGUUCGUGGGCCACGCCACCGCACUAAUCCAAUCUCUGGACUCAUCUCGACGGCAGUAUCAGGAAAAGUACAAACAGGUGGAGCAGUACAUGUCCUUCCACAAGCUGCCGGCUGACAUGAGGCAGCGAAUCCACGACUACUACGAGCACCGCUACCAGGGCAAGAUGUUCGACGAGGAGAGCAUCCUGGGAGAACUGAACGAGCCGCUGCGAGAGGAAAUCGUCAACUUCAACUGUCGAAAGCUGGUGGCGUCCAUGCCUCUGUUUGCCAACGCCGACCCCAACUUUGUCACCUCCAUGCUCACCAAGCUGAGAUUUGAAGUGUUCCAGCCUGGGGAUUACAUAAUCAGGGAGGGCACUAUCGGCAAGAAAAUGUACUUCAUCCAACACGGGGUUGUCAGUGUGCUAACCAAAGGCAAACAAGAGACCAAGCUGUCAGAUGGCUCCUACUUUGGAGAGAUAUGUUUGCUGACCCGAGGCAGAAGGACAGCCAGUGUCCGAGCAGAAACAUACUGUCGACUCUACUCGCUGUCUGUCGACAACUUCAAUGAGGUGCUUGAAGAGUAUCCCAUGAUGAGAAGGGCCUUUGAAACUGUUGCACUAGACAGACUGGACCGUAUUGGCAAGAAAAACUCCAUCCUGCAGCAUAAGGUACAGCACGACCUCAGCUCUGGUGUACUCAACUACCAGGAGAAUGAGAUCAUCCAGCAGAUUGUGCAGCAUGAUCGGGACAUGGCCCACUGUGCCCACCUCAUGCAGAACGCCCCACCACACUCACCUCCCUCGCCUACCCCAGUCAUCUGGGCCCCGCUCAUCCAGGCACCUCUUCAAGCAGCAGCCACCACCACUUCAGUAGCCAUUGCACUGACACACCAUCCCCAAUUCCCACCAACACUCUUUAGGCCCCCAGUUUCUGUUCUGGGGUCCUUGAAGGACCCUCCAAGUCGGUUAAAGAAGUUUCAGACAUUUGUUCCUUCAUCCACAGCACCUGGCUCUGCCGGGGAAUCUCCCUCUAGCACACCCUCAAAACUGAACACUGGGGUGGACAUGUCAUUGCUGGCCUCUUUCCGGGCCCAUCACAUGACAUCACUUUCAGGUGAAACUGGCUCUAGCCAACAGGUUUCAGGUAGUGGAGGACAACAAGGACCUAGUGGAGUUGGGUCUGGGUCCAGUAGUGGAGGGGUGUCUGCCUUCCCCUUUGGACCAUACUCAUCCUCUGGCUCACCCUCAUCUAGUAUGGCACAGCUGCAUCCACAACCACAGCAUCAACAGCCUUUUCGCUCCAACACACCUCCUCUCUCCAACCUCUUCCGCCAAGGAUCUACAGGUGGAAGCACAGGGUCAGGAAUAAGUGGUGGGACAGUUGGAGCCUGUGGUGGUGCCACAGGGUGGUCUAUAGGUGGAGUGGUUGGAGGUUCAGUGGAGGAAGCCUCUGUAGAAGACACAUCUUGGGUUGGUGAGGACGUUUUAAGUGGAACAACAGAAUUGACUCAAGAUAGGCAUUUCAAUUUUGCAGGAGCUACUGGUGGAUCAGUAGGAGGGAUCUCAGGGGAAUCAAUGGGAGGGAUAUUUGAAGCAUCAUUGGGUGCUCCUUAUGGGCGGUUACCAGGUGGCACAUCAGGUGGAUCAAUGGGGGGUAUUACAUAUGGUCCAAAGGGAGAUGCUGCCAGAAGAUCAAUGGGAGGGGUUUCCAGGGGACCAAUUGGAAGGAGGGACUCAGUAGCAGGGGCCACUGGAGAAUCACUUGUUUUGGCAAACACGGGAGGAACAUUGGGGAGGCUUUCAGGUGGAUCAGUUGGAGUGGUGAGCAAUCCUAGUGUGUCAAUUGGUAGUGCUUUUGGUGGAUCAACAACUAGCCAUAUAGGAGGAGGUUUGAGUGGGCAAGGAGGAGGUUUGAUGGGAGGACAUAUUGGCAGAGCAGCAGGGGGAGCAAUAGGAAGCAAUGUAGGAGGGUCUGCAUCUUGUGCUGUAGGUGGGGCUUCUGGUGGGAUUACAAGUGGAUUUAUUAGUUCCUCCCGUUGUCAGAGUCCUAUAUCUACUUGCUCGUCCAGCUCUAUCCCUGGGCAACUUUUCCAAAGCCAGCCACUACCUAAGCCUCCUCAGGUGGCUCCUCUGCAGCAGUUUGCUGGAGGAGGCAGGACUACCAGUGGCUUAAACCUCCUUCAUUCCCCUCCACAAGGCUCACCAUCAUCAAGUAAAAGUCAGCACAGCCAGCAGCCUCCCGAGGGCUCCCCGUCUUCGCUCAGCCAUUUGAGUCUUUCUGGCCUCCAGGCUGGCUUCCUGCCUCACCAGAUAUCACUGGAUAGGUCUGCUCUGGCCUCACUGGCCCAGUAUGGUUCAGCAAAUGCCUCCCCUUGCCUUACCCCAGUGGCUCCCAGCCCUACAGUUCAAAGCCCCGUUGCAGGCAGGACUUUCCACUACAGUGAACCCUCCAGUACCACAGGAUCCCACAGUUCUCUGCUCAUGCCUCAGUCCUCUCUCUCUUCACACCUUCCUAGUCAGCCACACACGACUGGGAGAGAUUCCCCACUGGGUCGCUUUUCAGAUGACCUAAAGCUUUUAUCCAGCUCACAUCCAUCUCUACCCCAGGAGGUGGCUCAAGCCUUAGGACACCAAACUCCUCACCCCUCUGUGGAGACUGGAUAUUACCCCUCACCCUUUUCCUCACCUACUCUUGUGCCCAAACCUUGUAGCUCAGUGCCAGGCCACAUGACUCCUCCGAUCCAGACUCAGGCACCUGGGGCCUCCCCAGCUUUGCCUCCACGAAGGGGCUCUGCUGCUUACUCAUUAGAUCUAGAACCUCAAACUGUUCGCUCUAAACUCCCUUCCAAUUUGUGAGGAUUGAUCACACCCUUCUGUGCUCCUCCAAAAUGAAACACACAAACUAUUUCCAUGUGUGAGCUUUUCUUUGUGUCUUGUGUAUUCACUGUGUUCCACCCCUCAUUUUAACAAAAUCUUAACUUUACUGUGAUUUAAAAGAUAAUUUACCGGGUAACAUGGAGCUCUAGAGCAGUCUAUGUUUGUUUUCUUUUUCCUCUUUUUUAUUUCUACAUACUGUAUAUAGAUAGAGAUAUAUCUAAAUAAGUUAAACAAGGGACUUGGAGGGUGUGACAGAUGUUCUCCAUUUAAAGAACAGUAAUUUUCUUUAUUUCGAUAGUUAUGCCAAAUUCUUCUGGUGAUGUUUAGGAAGAUAAUUUAAUGGACAACACAACAGUACUCUUUUUCUGCAGGAACUUAUGCACUAAUACCUGCAUGUAUAAAGGCUUUGUGUGUUUCAAAAAAAACAUAUCUAAAUUUUUAGAUAAACGAGCUUCGAGACGGGCCAACUCUUGUCCCAUUUCAUUUAGGAUCACAUAUUGUUGAUCCUUAAAUGUAUCUAUUAGAUUGUACUUGUUUAUCCUCUGUAUACUUUUCUAAAUCUUAUGCGAGAUGGCAAAGAGAUGUUUGGUAACCAAAAAGACUUUUCCUGUGUUCACCUCCUCUUGGCCCAUCAAUCCUUAUUUUAUACAACUUGAGUGUAAUCAUACUGUUUUUUAAAGCAGGGCGAGAGGGCUUCAGCAAAGAUGCCCUCCAACUUAAUACUGAGAAGUAACCACAUGUGAGCAACUGGCUUUGUGCAGAGUCCUCAACCAUGUCCAAACAUGCUCACUUUGUCUUCCAAGCUCAUGCCACUAGUGCAUGUGGAAAGCAUGUGUUGUUUUUCUUCCUGACUGUGCAACUGUUAAUGUGUGAGUGUUGGUGAGAAAAAAAGUGUGUGAGUCACUGGGAGAGUCAGAUGCAAGGCAAGACUUUUCCCUGGACUUUUUAAAAGUACUUGCAUUUUUAACACACAAACUAGGACUUCCAUUAACUACAGCUUAUCUGUUGAAUUGUGUAGCAUUCAGGCAGUUUAAAAGCUGCCUAGUAGCCCAAACACUCAGUUUUUGGUCACGAGUUAAAACAAUACAUACAAUGCACAUGCCGAAGAAUCACAAAAAUAUUGAUUUGUGCAUUACUUCACGUACAGUAGCUACAAAAGAGAUAUGGGAUGUUGUUGCUAAUGGGAAGUAUUGUGUAGAUACACUGAAGUCACUGUGCCCCGCAGAUGUAAAGAUACUUCCAUAACUAAAAAAAAGUAAUUGCUUCAACAUUUUGUUUGUUCAGACAUAUACAUCAACAGCCAUGUCCAAAGUGUCCUUUAGCAAGACACAGAACCACUACCGACAAAACUGUUAUGAGGCAAUUUACACAUAAGACUCAAUAGGUUGUGAAAAGACACCCCAUUUUACUGCGGCUGUAAUCAAGACCAAGCUCUUUUGUGGUUGCAUUGUUGUACAUGUUUUUUGUUGUUUUUUUGUUUGUCUUUUGCACAUGCAUAGUGUGCAUAAUGUACAUGGAGUAAACAACCAGUAUGAUUGAUGGCAUUUGGGUGUGAGCAGUCAAAGAUGAAAGAUGAGAUGAGAAAAUGCCCUUUAUGUGUUUAUGCACUGCAUGUGUUUUAAUUCCCGUGAAACUGUCAGAGCUGUCAGAGCUGUCGAAAAACAGCAUGCACAGUAAAAAUGCGCUAUCACAUAUCUCCCAAAGGACAGGAGUAGUGAUAUGCUUCAUGUUCGUCCGUAGCUCAUCACCAAGACAGACCCAGGUUCCACUCAGACAGCUGAGUCCCUAACUCAGUCACAGCACUCAGCUACUGCAGCCUAAUUUAACAAGACAUGUCUGAAAUCCCUUGACCUUAGCAGCUAUCACAUACUCACACACAGAGGUGCACAGUGACCAUGCUGUCCUAUAAUUACAGUUCCCAGAGGUCCCUAUAAUAAGGUAUAGCAAUACUGACAUGACUCUCACCUGCAGACAUGCACAUUUACAGACAUGUACGCAACCACGAGAGCCACACAGCGACUGCUCAUGGCCCAAAAAGCAAAACAAAACAAAAUGAGACUAUUUAAAAGUUCAAAAAGAGAGGACAUCUCUUACCAAUUGAUUUUCAACUUUCUUGUUACAUGUCAUUUAGCAGACGCUUUUAUCCCAAGCAACUUACAAUGGAAUCAAGUACAAUUAGCCAGGGGUGGAAUCGAACUUGUGACCACGAUGUCUUGCGUACACAAGGUAGGGUCUUGGGUCUUGGGUUUUGAGCAACUCUGUUGGUGGCGCGCUCCAUAUUGUUCAGACAGCUGUCCAAAGGUAGACUGAAUGCAAUAUAUCCAGCCACGAUUUGUGUGUCACCACUCGUCACGUGAAAUGUUACCAACAAGUGACAUAGUGUGAAAUGAUUAAAUAAUUACUUGGCUUAUUACAUAUCAGAUAUCAUUAAUGGGUCCGAGCUUUUAACUUGACACAAAUUACAUUUUCAUGGACUUCUUCACAGACAGAGCAGGCGUUACUAAUGGCCAAAGCAGUGUUGUGUUCACCUCUCCCACGUUUAGGGUCUUGCAUAUAUCGGCAAUAAAUAACUGAAAGGCUCUGAAACAUUCUGCUUGGCCUUGCACCUCAUUGUAGGAAGCCCGGGACUUUUCCAGACGCAGAGCUUUGCAACAGAAACAACAGCAAGUUAAAAGAGGGAACUGCUGCACCUUGUCCUCCAAUGGUGUCGGCAUU